CUAUAUAAACAUCUCAUGUCCAUGUGUCUUAAUAUUCUUAUCAAACACCACACAACACCAGAACUCUCAGCAAUGGCUUCCUCUUCUCUGUUAAUCCUAGCCGCUGCUUGUUUCGUCUCGCUAAUCUCACCGGCGAUUUCACAACAGACUUGCUCUACGCAGAACCUAAACUCCGCUGGUCCGUACGAUAGUUGCCUGGACCUUCCCGUACUCAAUUCCUACCUCCAUUACACAUACGAUUCCUCAAACUCGUCUCUCUCGGUUGCUUUCGUCGCCACUCCAUCUCAAACCAACAAUGGCUGGGUCGCUUGGGCUAUCAAUCCUACGGGGACUAAGAUGGCCGGUUCUCAGGCCUUCCUCGCUUACAGAUCUAACGGCGGUGCUGCUCCCGUCGUCAAGACGUACAACAUAAGCGGCUACAGUCUCGACGAAACCGCUACGAGACUUUCUUUCGAGUUCUGGAAUCUACGCGCCGAGUCGUUGAGCGGCGGCAGGAUCGCGAUUUUCACCACGGUUAAGGUCCCGGCGGGAGCCGAUAGUGUGAAUCAGGUGUGGCAGAUCGGCGGGAAUGUGACCAGCGGUCGUCCCGGAAUACAUCCGUUCACUCCUGCUAAUUUGGGCGCCCACCGCGUCCUGAGAUUUACCGCCGACGCACCGGGCUCUGCUCCGACGCCGACCACCGGUGGCUCCACUACCCCAGGGCAAGCGGCGGGAGGUCCAGGGAACGCGGGGUCUUUGACGACCAACGUAAAUUUUGGGGUCAAUUUGGUAAUUUUGGUUUUGUUGGGUUCUAUUUUUAUUUUCUGAAUGUAAUCUCUCUCUCUCAUCUCUCUUCACUUCUUGAGUCUCUCUCUCUAUUUCUUUUUUUUUGUUCGAACAAUAAUAAUGGAGCCCCAUACUUUUUACUGUUUUAGUCUUAGGGCCAUUUACUUCGUUUCACCACAUUAUUUAGAGUUAUUGGAUUGUAUUUGUAUGGACCAUUACUAUCAUGAGCUCAUCUUAUCUGCUUAAAAUAUCUGUGUGCCAUCCACUGUGUACUAUUUUCAUUAAUCAUAGAGAUAUUUUCUUAA